UGCACAGUGUGGGGCAUCGUCGACGGUCUCGCCGAUCUUUCAAGGAUGUUCCUGGUCAAGUCAAACCCACAGUGUUCACCUUCACGAAGGCAAUCGAGCAGUCACAGCAAUUUUGGGCACAUCGGUUAUCCACUGAGCUCUUCGCUCAAGACCUCUGCCUUUCUGCAGCCUUCGGUUCACGUUCUCGUGAUUCGCCCCGCCCGGCGCGUCAUGAUGAAGUUGGUAUGAAGUCAAGUCGCGGCCUCGCACUAUAAAAGCACUCCGACCACAUCCCACGUUCUCUGCACCCGCGAAAGCUUAUCACCUAAGCACUGAAGAAGAUGCCUACUGCUACUGCAAGCAACGCCUCUCUUCCUGACCUCAUCUGCGCGAACGCGCAGGACCUACCCGACCCUCUGACGGACCCCGAGCGGUUCGGCGCGAAGUUCGACACCCUGUGCAGCGGCGCGCGUGUCGUGCUGCUCGGCGAGGCUAGUCAUGGAACGUCUGAAUUCUAUCGCUCUCGCGCAGCAAUCACGCAGCGACUUAUACAGAAUCAUGGGUUCAACAUCAUUGCGGUUGAGGCGGAUUGGCCCGACGCCUCGACGAUCAAUCGUUACGUGAAGCACAAGCGGCCCUCGCAGCCUCCUCCAUCGGCGGAGAAGGUCCCCUUCACUCGUUUCCCGACCUGGAUGUGGCAAAACGCCGACGUCGCGCGCUUCAUCGCAUGGCUGCGAUCCUACAAUGGUAACAUCAAGGAGGAAGACCGUGUAGGCUUCUACGGCCUUGACCUCUACAACCUCAACGCGUCCAUGCGAAGCGUGCUCGAGUAUCUGCAGCGCGUCGACCCCGAGGCGGCCCGCAUUGCGCGCUCCCGCUACGGCUGCCUGGCACCUUGGGCAGACGAGCCAGCAGAGUAUGGCGCUGCCUCAAUGCGCGCAGGAUACGCCAAGUGCGAGAAGGGAGUCGUGCAAGUGCAGCGCGAUCUACUCGAGCAGCGCCUUGCGGGUGCGGUGGACGAAGACGACGUACUUAAUGCGGAAGCGUGCGCACGCUUGGUUACGAACGCCGAGAAGUACUAUCGCACCAUGUUCUACGGCGGCGAGGAAUCGUGGAAUCUGCGCGACUCGCAUUUCUUCGAGACUCUCCAGUCGGUACUCCGGGCAAAGGGCCCGAACGCGAAGGCGGUCGUUUGGGCGCAUAAUUCGCAUGUCGGCGACGCACGGUAUACGGAGAUGGGCGCGGAGCGGGGUGAGCUCAACAUCGGGCAGCUGUGCCGUGAACACUACGGCGACGCUGUCCGUAUCAUUGGCUUCGGGACGCACACCGGCACCGUCGUCGCCGCGGACGAGUGGGACGACCCCAUGCAGGUGAUGCGUGUCAGGCCAUCGCGCGAGGACAGCUACGAGCGCGUCUUCCACGAGACGGAGAUCCCUCGCUUCUUCGUUGACCUCCGAGGACGGAUGGCUGUCACAGACGAGAACGGCGAGGAGGGCGAUUGCGCUGCGGCGAUGCGACGCCAGCUCAUGGCGAAGAGGAGGGAGCGAUUCAUUGGGGUCAUCUAUCGACCCAAGACAGAGCUCUGGAGUCACUACUCGUUCGCGGUGCUUCCAAGGCAGUUCGACGCGUAUGUCUGGUUCGACACGACGAACGCCGUUCAGCCGAUGGAUGUGCCGCAAAAGUCAAGCGGUCCAGGAGUGGAGGAGACGUAUCCCUUUGGGUAUUGAGAAGAAAUUGGAGUGUAUUAUGCCUACUCAAGUAAGCAUCGCUACUUGCUGUCAGAUACGGUCAUUUCCUGAAGUCGUUGGACAUCGGUCGGUUCGACAACCUUUGCGCUUCGAGAUCAACCCUUCCGCGCUCAGAAUUGCCACAGCCUCCCACAAUCCCAAGGCGAGA